AUGUCACGCAACUGUCUGAUUCUGAUGGGCCUGUUGUUGGCCGUGGCGGUGUACUGCGCCCAGGCCAAACCGGCGCCCUCGAAAGCCGGUGCGGCAGCCGCCAAGAACGACACCGCCGCGGCGGGAGCGAAGAAGGACGAUAAGGGAGCGGCCGCCAAGAAGGACGACAAGAAGCCGGCCGCUGCUGCGGCAAAGAAGGACGAUAAGGCCGCCGAUAAGAAGGACGAUAAGGCGGCCGCCGCGGGAGGCGACGAUGCGGCUGCGGCAGGAGGCAAUGCGGCUGCCGCGGGAGGUGAUGAUGCGGCGGCCGGUGGAGCGGAUAAGAAGGACGACAAGGCAGACAAGAAGGACGAUAAGGCGGGUGCGAAGAAAGACGAUAAGGCAGCUGCCAAGAAGGACGAUAAGAAGCCGGCUGCUGCUACUAAGAAGGACGACAAGAAGCCAGCCGCUGAUGCUAAGAAGGAUGCUAAGCCCGCUGCCGAUAAGAAAGACGACAAGGCGGCCGCCGCGGGAGGCGACGAUGCCGCGGCUGCGGGUGGCGAUAUGGCGGCUGCCGCCGGAGGUGACGCGGCCGCUGGAGGUGAUAAGAAGGAUGACAAGGCGGCCGCCGGAGCGAAGAAGGAUGACAAGGCUGCGGCUGGAGCUAAGAAGGAUGACAAGAAGCCGGCCGCUGCUGCCAAGAAGGACGACAAGAAGCCUGCUGCCGCCGCGAAGAAGGACGACAAGGCGGCCGGUGCCAAGAAGGACGAUAAGGCCGCUGCGGCCGAUAAGAAGGACGAUAAGGCGGCCGCCGCGAGUGGCGAUGAUGCUGCUGCGGCUGGCGGAGACCAGGCUGCUGCGGGUGGCGACAAGGCUGCCGCCGGUGGAGAUGACACGGCCGCUGCCGGUGCCGAUGCCGCGAAAAAGGACGACAAGGCGGCUGCCGCGGCCCCGAAGAAGGACGAGAAGAAGCCGGCCGCUGCUGCCAAGAAGGAUGAUAAGAAACCGGCUGCCGCCGCGAAGAAAGAUGAUAAGGCGAAGGCCGGCGCGAAGAAGGACGAUAAAGCCGCUGCGGCAUAA